ACGUUUAUAUCAUAGCUUCUUGUGUUAUGUAUAGUAUUCACACAAGAGUGGCCGAUCUUCGGUUUGCUUGGUGAAAGCUAAACGAGGUUAUACGAUAGUUGGUAAUCUUUGUUCUUUCCGUCUAGUGCUUAGUUAUGUAGCAUCAAAGUAUCUUAGGUAUCCAAUCAUCAUCCCUAGAACUCACGUACCUAAUCCCGGCAACUCCCAGGAUCCAAUUCCUUUCCUCCGCACCCGCAUAUUCAAGAGAUAUCUACCUAGGUUUUGGGGUCAUGACCAAAGUAUUGUCAUUGUACUGGAAUGGUCACUAGCUCGACCACCACAUUAUAAUAACCCGUUGGCCGCCUUUCCCUCUUAAUAUCGUGGUCGUAUUUUGUUCUACUAUAUUCCUUCCUUCCUUCCAUCCCCUCCCUCCUGGAGUCGUUUAAAUACGACCGGGCCCCUCGCGACUUUGUUCUUUGUGUGUGUGUGUGUUUUCCCUUGGAUAAACGAAACCACCAUACAGACAGAAGUCUCCUUGGUUACCUUAAAGCUUGCCGAUAUAGCUAAGCAAAUAGCUAAACAGUAGCAAUGGCAUUGACAGCAUUUGAAGAUGACUCCAACUUUUAUCCUCCGCAUCAUGGCAUGUCGGUCAGAGAGUAUCUCGCUACGCGAAUCACUUCUCUGAAGCCUCCCAUGGCCAAAGCACCUAACCCCAUUCGCUUGGUUAGGAUGCUGACUCGUCGUCAAUGGGCUUUCUUUUUUGUCGCAUUUUGGGCCUGGACUUGGGAUGCUUUCGAUUUCUUCACCGUCUCUCUGACGGUUGAUCAAUUAGGCGAGACGUUCAACAAGUCUAACACGGACAUCACUUGGGGAAUAACGCUCGUUCUAAUGUUCCGGUCCCUCGGUUCCAUCCUCUUCGGCGUCGCAGCAGAUCGGUACGGUCGAAAAUGGCCAUUCAUUGUCAAUAAUCUUCUCUUCAUUGCGCUUGAAUUAGGAACCGGAUUCUGUCAAACGUACGGUCAAUUCCUCGCAUGCCGAGCCCUCUUCGGAAUCGCAAUGGGCGGUCUUUAUGGAAACGCCGCCGCAACGGCUCUCGAAGAUUUGCCCGACGAAUCGAGAGGUUUAAUGAGCGGUAUUCUUCAGCAGGGCUACGCUUUCGGUUACCUGCUUGCUACAGCUUUCGCGCGUGGUUUAGUCGAUACUACGUCUCAUGGCUGGCGUCCGUUAUUCUGGUUCGGUGCCGGUCCUCCCGUCAUCUUCAUUCUCUGGCGUCUCAUUCUGCCGGAGACCGACACGUACGAGCAGCACCAAGAAAUGCGACGCGCGAACGGGGGCGUCGGGAAGACAUUCAUAAAAGAAGGAAAGGUUGCGCUUAAGCACCAUUGGCUGCUUCUCACGUACUUGGUCCUCCUUAUGGCCGGCUUUAACUUCAUGUCUCAUGGCUCCCAAGACCUGUACCCGACUAUGUUGAAGAACCAGUUCAACUUCAACUCCAACCAAGUCACCGUCACCCAGGUAGUUGCGAACCUAGGCGCUAUGUCCGGAGGUGCUGUCGUCGGUUUCUGUUCGCAAAUCUUCGGCCGACGUCUUAGCAUUUUGGUCAUGUGCGUUAUCGGCGGCGCCCUGCUGUACCCGUACGGCUUCGUGUCCAACGAGAGGAUUAUCGCCGCUGCCUUCUUCGAGCAGUUUUGCGUCCAGGGAGCCUGGGGCGUCAUUCCCGUGCAUCUAAUGGAACUGUCGCCCGGCGCGUUCCGAACCUUUGUUGUAGGUACCAGUUAUCAACUUGGAAAUCUCGUCUCGUCCGCUAGUUCGACCAUCGAGGCCACCAUCGGCGAGCGCUUCCCCCUCGCGCCCAAGGGCACUACGAAGCGAUACAACUACGGCAUCGUCAUCUCUAUCUUCAUGGGAUGCGUGUACGCAUACGUGAUUCUCCUGACACUCCUAGGCCCCGAGCAUCUGAACAGGAAGAUGGACGUCGGUCACGAUGCCGACGCGGUAGAAGCAGCAGGACGGGAGAAUGUUAGCAAAGCUCUAGAACAUGGACUCCAUGGGCGCGAAGGCUCUGCCAGCGAAGAUGGUGAUCCGGAGAAAGGAACAGCUAGCCACCAUACUCCUUAGAAAUAGGUCGACAACAGCUAAGUCGAAUUCGAUAGGGCACCAGCUGACGCUGAGCAAGCCGCUGGGACGAUCAUGUUUGGUCUAUGAUAGGGACAAUCCCUGCCGGUGGCGAUCUUCGGAUGAUGAAAGAUAAUGACUUCUUCUGUGCUCCUUUUUUAAAAAGAAAAUCUUACAAACUAGGUUUUUGAUUACCCGGUAUUAUACUUUGGCAUGGAUUUUUGUAUCGGCAGCGGG